CCGUUAGACCUCCGUUCCUUACUAACCAUCUAUAAAAACGCCAACAGAUCGCUUCGUUUCCUCCAUCUUGUCAUCGUUGUCUGAGCUAAGCUAGGGCAGCUUCAUACGGUGUGCCCUCUCUCCCUCUCCUCUCCUCAGCUCCCUCCUUCCGCCAUUCAGUUGUUGAAUCCUGUGACGUAAAACAUGGGGCUCUCUUUCACCAAGCUGUUCAGUCGGCUUUUCGCCAAGAAGGAGAUGCGAAUUCUUAUGGUCGGUCUUGAUGCAGCUGGUAAGACCACCAUCUUGUACAAGCUCAAGCUGGGAGAGAUCGUCACCACUAUUCCAACUAUCGGGUUCAAUGUGGAGACCGUGGAAUACAAGAACAUCAGCUUCACUGUGUGGGAUGUUGGCGGUCAGGACAAGAUUCGUCCUCUGUGGAGACACUACUUCCAGAACACCCAAGGGCUCAUCUUUGUGGUUGACAGCAACGAUCGAGACCGUGUGGUUGAGGCUCGGGAUGAGUUGCACAGGAUGUUGAAUGAGGAUGAGUUGAGGGAUGCAGUGCUCCUUGUAUUUGCCAACAAGCAAGAUCUUCCCAAUGCUAUGAAUGCUGCUGAGAUUACGGACAAACUUGGCCUCCACUCUCUCCGCCAGCGCCACUGGUACAUUCAGAGCACAUGCGCAACUUCUGGUGAAGGUCUAUAUGAGGGUCUGGACUGGCUCUCCAACAACAUUGCUAGCAAGGCUUGAGUUGUCGUCCACAUUCUUUGCGGGGAGUAGCGGUCGGAAUUAUUACCUGUGUUGAAGAAUUUUCUUACAAUGUUUUUCUGCCUGUGUUAUAUUAAAUGUUUAGCAUACAACAGAUUGAUUUUGCUGUGUAGAUUUGAAAUAAUCCUCGAGGAGUUUUACAUUUUAUAUCCAUGUUGAGCGACUCGAAAAGACAGUGUAUCCGCCCUCAAAAUUUCUGCAAAUUUAUUAUAUUGAUAUCUUUUGGUAA